CCUGUUUCUGUCUGGAGCCGCUAGGAGCUGCAGUAGUUUUCCACAGUGAAGGAACCAGCUUCCUAGUGGCCGCUUUUCGCGGUGCUUUGGGGAACUUGGGUUUCCUCUGUCUAAUCAGAAACGGGCUCCAGGGAGCUGGUGGGGCGGUGAACCGUGAGCAUGGUGGUGCUGUGAGGUUUUCUCUGUGCAGCCUGGGGCAGAUGGACUUCAGAGGAGAGAAAGCACUUGGUUUUAGCCGGGUUGGAGGGUGAAUCUAACACCGGCAAGUAAUCAUAAUGACCUCAGGCGUCUUUAUUGGUCACUUAGAAUGUGCAGGCCCUGUGCUGCGUGCUUUGAACAUCAGCUCAUUGAAUCCUUACCACCACCCACGAGGGAGCUACUAUCGCUCCCAUUCCACAGAUGAGUAAACUGAGGCACUUGUCCAAAGUCACACAGGCAGAACAUGGUGGAGAGGUUUGAAUCACAUUUGUGUGAGUCCAGACGUUUUACAGCUCUGUUCCUGGGGGAGAAGGAAGCCCAGGAGGGCCGGUCCUGACACAGGGCAGGGUGUCUUUUGCUGUCCACCACAAGAUGGGCGGCACCUAAGGGGACAAGAGCAUUUGGCCAGGAUAGUCCAGGCCUGUGGGAUGCAGGGAGGACGCCUCUGGGCCUCCACAGCCCAGCUUUCCCACGUGCUGCUGGAGGGAGGGAAGGCAGAGGCCUCUUGGUUGGACCCCCGCACCCCUGACUGCCCUGAAUCAGGACCCGUGCUGCUGGGCAGGGCUGGCAGAUAUUGCCUGGAAAUUCUUCACGUGGCUGCUUCCCUCCCGGGUGGCUAUGACCUAAUCCUGGUUCCUUGGGUGUAGUCCCUGCAGCAGGUGCUGGGCAGAUCCCAACCACGCCCUUCCCCGCAGCCGUGGUGAGGUGGCUGGGAGCCUGGAGGUCAGGAUGAGGGCCGUGUGAACGAGGAUGAGGGCCGCGUGAAUGAGGUCUUGGGGCUGGCAUCUAGUCCUGUUUGAGUGCCCGAUUCCGAGCACCUCGACUUGGAGAGCCAGCAGGUAGUGGGACAGAGCCUGGUACUCUCGGUCUGGAUGGAGCUGUGCCAGUGCAGAGGGCCCGGCAGGGGACCCGGAGGACUCGCCCUGGCCACACUCCCGCUUCCUCCGUUGUCUCUGCCAACUGGGGAGUGGACAGAGACCACGCCGAUAUUCCCUCCCGAGCCUCCCGUCCUCGGGCAUGGCAAAGAGCCCACUGCCCGCUUAUGGGGGGACAUAUGCAAUAAUCCUCAGGACUCUUGGCCGCUUUUGUUCCUGGACAUUCAGCUGCUGUGUGGCCUCGGUGUGGUCGUGGUGGGCAUGGGCGUCCACAUCAGGGCAGGACCCCCGUCUUCACCAUGGCAGGUAAUCGGACAGGCCUGCCGGGAUCCUGCCCCAGCAGCGGGAGGGGGGCCCCAGCUCAGGCCUCAGGUGACCAGGGCUAGCCAGGCCCUGCCGCGGGGGACGGGGACCAGCCUGAGUGCCGCCCGCGGGGCCCGGGCUGUGUCUCCUGCGGCUGCUCGUGGGGACUCUUCCUGCCGCUGCCCCGGCUCAGCCUUCAGCCCGCUGUCCUCAGACAUCCCUGUUGCCCUUGGCCACGGCGCAGCCCCCUUCCCGCAGCAUUACCCAGAAUUAGCCUCUUGGACCACAUUUCCAGGGGUGGGGAGGUGCAUUCACAAACCACAUGUCCCUUACGAGAGCUGCUCACUCACGGUGCGGCCGGUGCGGCCACUGAGGUCCAAGCACCAGGCAGGCUGGGUCCGCUUAUCUGGGUUCAGAGUCGCGGGCUCCCAGGCUGGGGGUUUGCAGCAGGCCCUCUCCGCCCACACUGCCGGGCACCACACAAGCACCCUAACCACGGGGGCCGCCUUUCCUCCGUGGCUUUUUUAUCCAGCAAGCCUUGGGAGUACCGGAGGCAUUGCCCCUCCACCCAAAACACAGAAGGCUCAGGAUCGCUGGGCUGAGGGCAACGCCCCCUUCCCACCCCAGCUUGCUCGGGGCCCUGCCUCUCGGCAGGUGCCGUGGGCCUGGUACUUGGACCCAAGGGCCUAAGCGGCCACCUGGGAGUGGCAGAGUCCAGCCUGCGCCAGGGCAGGCCCCUCAUGUGGACGGAACCUUCCCCGGCACCCCCAAACCCGUGAGGGCCUCUGCAGGUCUGCUCACCCCACGCUCCCACACGCCGGGCUCGGGCCGUGGAGGCAGGGUGGAAGUAGGGACACCCACGCUGAGACAGCAGGACACUCCCUGAGGGACGGGUCUUUCCUGGUCUCCCUCAGACAGUCCUGCAUUGUGGCCUCCAUGCAAAGCAGCCAGCUUCCUGCCCACUCACCUGUGUGUGGCCAUCAGGUAUGCAAAUUAGGGUGCGCCAGCCCUGCGGUGGCCGCCCAGGUCCUGCCACCCGGUGCAGAGCUGCUGGCCUGAGGCCCCCGGGUACACAUUAUUCUCCCUGCCGAUCAGCCUGCCUAAUCCCGCAGGCUCUGACUCGCCCCAGGGGACAGGGAAGGAAGGCCUCUGGCAGUGGGGCAUACUCCCACGGUCCCCUCCACCUGCAGCUGGCCUGCUGCCGCCUGGCCAGGGACAGGCCGGGAGGGUGGGACAAGAUUCCCCCUUGAGAGGGGGCUCCCUGGGGAGAGCUGCGCGCCUCCUGCGUAGCCGAGGAGGACAGCCUCUUCUCUGUACAAGGAGGGGGUUCUCCAAGGCCAGGAGAGCUGUCAAAGGCUUCAUCAGAGCUGUUCCCGGCCUCAGACGUCUUUCCAUGAGAGUGAAGGCAGCAGAACAGCAGGGAGGGCCUGCCUGAGGGUUGAGCGGGUGCUCCAGGGCCUCCAGCCCCCUGCUGCCCCAGUUUGGGGGUCACAUGGCUGGAGCACCCCGGAGACUUUGUCCUAGGGCAGCGGUCCAGCACAGGGCCGGGGGGGAGGGUGCCCGGCUCGGGGGUGAAAGUUACAUCC